GCAAGUACCAAGUGGUUCUUGGGGAAGGAGGUUGUUUAUACGAAAUAUAACUGUUAUUUGUUUGUUUAUAUAUGGUUUAACUGCAUACUUGGGUUUCUGCACUUCAUAGAGGGAUUCGUACUAUCAAUUUCAAUUUACGAAAACAUAUCAAACUAAAAUUGGGUCCAAAGCAAACAGGAACAUAUCUGUAAAAAAAAAUUAUACAAAAGACAAAAAGGAGGAUGUCUAUUGAAGAGUUGGAUUCAUUUGAACCAGCGUAUACGAAACUCUCCUCGUGUAACGAGUCGCAACACUGGUUUUGUGCGUGUCUUUUAAACCCGGAGCUGGAACAGGCCUUUACGUGGAUGGCCUAUGAUCCGACUCCAGCUACAGAAUGGGUGUUUCGGGGUAUUUCAGAGCGCCUGGAAAGUUGCACAGCUUGUGUCGACGCAUAUUACCAGUUACGUGACAGUGCUCUGAAUAAACUAGAUUCUACGUUCACCGGUGGUUCAGUGAACUCCCUGGCUACUCGCUGGAACGAUUGGGAUGUUCAACGUAUUCAGCUUUUAUUGCAAAAACUUGAUGGAGAGGAAGAGGCGGAAAACAGCGUCUUAUCUACUACUGUAUAUGAAGUUUUACGGAAUCCAGUGUUAUUCAGUAAUUCUGAAAUUAUAGAACGGACUGUUCCCCUUUUUGAUCGUUUGAAGGACUUGUGGGUCUCGAAAACGUUUCUGCUUGGCAUGCUUUGCUUCGCGUUUCUUGAGCGUCAUGACGAGUUGCGGCAAUGGUUUGCCGAUUUCGUUGGCAGGUGUGAUCCGUACACAUUAACUGACGUGGAUUUUGACUAUAUAUAUGAUACUGUAGUGACAACAGAAAGUGUUGGCAGUACAGUAUUUUGUGUCCCAUAUUCAGACGAGUCAUGGACCAGAAUUCAGUCUAUGCUUAGCGUUUUGUCCGCCGCCCAUGUAUCCGCUUUUUGUUCUUCAAAGUUUGGCAGUGAAGUUCGAGAGAACUUGCUUAUUUGUGACUCAGUAAAUGAUUCUCGAGUAAAUUGUGCUUUACUAUGUUGCCCCUUUCCAUCGUUCUGGGAGCCAUCUGUUUCAACAGAUGAUGUUUUAGAAUUUCUUGGCCGUCUGGUUUCCAGUAUCGACUUAGAGUUCCAAGGAGAUGGUGAGCUGUCAUCACAAUCUUGGGCGCAGCUGUUUUCAUCAUUCUUCGCAACGGAGCCUCUUGAAAUACUUACACAGUUUCUUCCGUAUAUUGAAACACAAGGGCUGACUGAAGAGCAGACCCAAUACGUUUGCUACCAAAUGUUUCUGUCGCUUUAUGACAAUUACUUUUCGGCUAAUAUUCUUCCUAAUCCAUUACACUUGUUGUUGGCUGACUUGCUGACAGAUAGUGAAAAGUCUGCCAAGUAUCUUGGUCGAAGUGCAUACAUCAACUCGUUGAAAUGGCGGUCACUCUCAUACGAUGUUUUGUAUGUGGAAUUCAUGCACGUAACACUUAAUAAUGACCAUACAGCAUCGUUUGACACUUCAUACCAACUAUCUGCUUUUUGGACUGAGUAUUUAGUUGCAGACAAGCAGGAUCUGCUUAGCUGGUUCCCCUUGAUUAGCCUGUUUGAUGAAGUGGAAAUAUCCGAGCAUGACUCCGUAACAAAAACAAUUACUUUCUAUACGGAUGUUUGGCAGAAAUUGCAGGAUAACGUUUGUGCCUAUCUCGAACAACUGUCAACCAAAUCAGUUGAGGAGUUAACCACUGCUUUAUCCGAUUACAGUAACAUGCAUGCCAUUUUGUGUUUGCUUCUUUCACCCUCACAACAGCUUUAUGUUGCCGCCUUCAAGGUGUUUCAAAAGCUUUGUGGCAGUCCUGCGAAUAGGGCGGAAACCAUGAAGUUGCUUAUUGAGAAACGGAUUAAUGUACUCGUUCAGUCACUCGCUGAGUCAGUUCUUCAAUGGCAAUCCCUUUUAACAUACCGUCCGGCACUCCGCACUCUGCGUUAUAUCAUGGGUUUCAUUCGUUCACUUAAUGGUCUGGAUCUUUCAAUCAUAAAAAAUACUGAUGCCCUAACGUUGGGAACCUUUUGGCAAACAAUUUGGAGUUUGCUUAAUUCUGUAUUCACAAACAUUGCUAGAUGGUCGUUAGUUCAACAACGUGACAGUGUUAAGGCUACAAUGAAGCUCACACUUAAUUUUGUUACUGGUUUGUUUGAGAACAAUGGUCUUUUCAUCACCCUCCUUCCCCGUUUUGACGCAUUGAUUCUUCUUGGUGAAUGCUCCGAAGCCUUAUUUUCACUGGUGAAAUGGCUUAAAAUUAAUGACCAUGACAUGCGAGAAGUGAUUGUCAACUCAAUCGGAAAGUUAUUCGUAAAGUUCUCGAACUUUGACUAUAUGUUUGAGGAACGCACAGUAACAUUUUUGCUUGAGUUCAUUGAAAAGAAGAAGCGGGCUCAUCUUUCUGCAGACCAGUGUAAUCGACUCGCAGGUGUUUUGAAGCAAACAAGCAGUCAGGCUAAUGAGUUCUUUGAGAGACAAAAGGCUCUGGAAGCUAAGCAAAGGAAAGAACAGACGAAGUUGAUGAACGCAAGCAAAGUUUCGCGCCCCGAUAAACCGUCUGUUGCUCCUCGACCUCUUAUCAAGCCGAAGGCUGCGCCGAAAACUACUACGUCUCAAGCUCGUGUCGGUAUGCUUGAGACAUUAAAACAGGACUUCCUUGUCCAGCGUAGAAACAUGCUGAAACAAGUUUCUGCCGGACAUGUAACGCGGAAGUAUCUGCCUAAUAUGCACACGCCUUCCAAUCUUCUUUCAGACAAUGAAUCUGAUGAUGAGGAAGAUGAAGAAUCCAGAAAAAGUGGACUUUUUUCCUUGGCUCGCGCUAAUAAAACACCUCAAAUUCGGGAAGCUAAGCGUAAGCCGAUCCAAUUCAUCAAUACUGCCGUCACGUCUAUGCACCCUUCUCAGGCUCGUAUGAUGGCAAAGAAGAAGGUCGAGAAUACAAAAGCUUUGUUAUUUCCUAAUAUCACUAAUUUCUUCAAAGAGAUACUUAAAUGGCCUCCUUCGUCGAAUCACCAUUCUCCAAAAUUAGAGUUUCAUAAGAGUUAUUCUCCUGUUAUCAACUCGUUUUCUUCGGUCAAGCAUUACCAAGAAGUUAUGCAACCUAUGAUUUUUUUGGAGUGCUGGAGUCAAAUUCAGUCUGAAAAAAUGAAUCUUUCUACUCGUUGCAUCAAAAGUACUUUGUUGAAACGUUCUGCUGUCAGUGAUUUUGUUGAUAUUAUGGUUGGUGCUUUGGAAAGUGAUCUCGUGGGAUACCCAUUAGCGGAUACUGAGAUGGUCGUUCUUGCUUUCAAUGAUGAAUAUUGCAACGAAUUAACAAAAGAUGAGUGCGUAUUCGCUCAGGUUACCCGUCUAAACAGACAUAAGUCUGGUCCCAUUAUUACUUUAAGAACAUGUCCGCCCGUGAAAUUUAUGAAUCGCUUACAGAAUAAUUGCACCAUCUAUUUUAAGCGAAUGAUGAACCUUUCCACGUACAUGCGUCAGUACGCUGCAACAUGUGGAUUGCCCUAUUAUAACCUUGUGGAAGACGUUAUUAAGGGACAUCCUUGUUCGCAACCAGUAAAGCAUUCAGCUGCGGAAAUCGAACGCGCGCAAAAGAGAUAUGGUGUGAAUGAACCUCAAGCCCAUGCAAUUUUAGCUUCCCUUGACAACGUUGGAUUCACACUUAUUCAGGGUCCUCCUGGUACCGGUAAAACAAAAACUAUUGUAGGUAUUGUGAGCGCUUUGUUGCUGGACUUGAACAAUUAUCAUAUUACACGGCCGGAUAGUAAACAGGACUCGGAAAAAACAAAGCAGAAAAUCUUGCUUUGUGCUCCUAGUAAUGCCGCUGUCGAUGAAGUUAUUUUGCGUUUAAAGCGAGGUUUUACCUUGCAAGACGGAAGCACCUAUAAACCUAAACUUGUGCGUAUUGGUAAUGCCGAGAGUGUGAACAUGUACGUACGCGACACUUCGAUCGAGUAUCAAACUGAGAAACAGCUUCUGGAAGUUUGUAAUGAUCUUCCCGAACUUACAGUUCUGAAGGAGCUGACUCACUGGCGUGAUGUUUACUAUGAUUCUUUACAAGCAAUUGAGAAUCUUCAAAAGCAGUUGGAUAUCGCCAAAAGUAUUAACGAAAACGUUGAUGCUGUUUCCACCGAGCUAAACAAAAUGUUUGAGCAAAAGAAUCUUGCAGAGCAGAAAAUUGAUGAGUUUCAAGACCAUAAAAUUGCCAGAAACCGGGAUCUUGACAUGACACGACGUAAGAUUCAACAAGCCUUGUUAAAGGAAUGCGAUGUUGUGUGCUCUACUUUGUCAGGUAGUGGUCACGAACUUGUUGCUCGUGCAAACCUCACCUUCAAUACUGUUAUUAUUGAUGAAGCUGCGCAAGCCGUGGAGCUGGAUACAAUCAUUCCAUUGAAGUAUGGUGCUGCACGCUGUGUGCUCGUUGGUGAUCCCAAUCAAUUACCUCCUACCAUCUUGAGUAAAAAGGCUGUCAAGCUCAACUACUCUCAAUCUAUGUUUGUUCGAAUUCAGAACAAUUUUCCUGAACAACUUGAGCUGCUUAGUAUUCAGUACCGUAUGCAUCCUGAAAUUAGUCAAUUCCCUAGUUGUCAGUUUUACAAUUCUAGGCUGCUUGAUGGCGACAAUGUUGCUACUAAAACCUUGCAACCCUGGCACAAAAAUCCCUUGUUUGGUCAGUACCGCGUUUUUGACGUUCGUGGUACUGAAAAGCAGUCGAAGACAUUCUCUCUUUAUAACCCAGAGGAAGCAAAAUCUGUCACUGAUUUGUUCGACCUGAUGACUUCUUCUUUUCCCACCGUCGACUUUGCUUCUAAAAUUGGUAUUGUCACACCUUAUCGCAGUCAGCUGAAAGAACUUCGUCGAGCAUUCUCUCGCAAAUAUGGUCGUGCCUUUGCGUCCAAAUUUGAUAUGAACACUAUUGAUGGUUUUCAAGGUCAGGAGAAAGAUAUCAUUAUUUUGUCCUGUGUCCGUAGCGAAACCGGUGGCUCCAUUGGUUUCUUGCGUGAUUUUCGUCGUCUGAAUGUUGCCCUUACGCGUGCAAGAAGUUCACUUUUUAUCGUCGGAAAUGUGGAAACGCUUUUUAGUGACGAUCUUUGGGGAAGCCUGUUGGCCAAUGCUAAGGAGCGUGGUUUAAUUCUAUACUCCCUUCUUUCUGAAAACAAACGAAAAGCGGUUGAGGCCACAGUUGACGCGGCUUUCGAAAAACGAAAGAGGAAAUUAGUAGAAGCUGAAACCGAGAAAAAAAAUGGUACUGUGCUGCAAGAAAGUAACUCUAAUGGAGAUUCUACCUCCACUGAUGUGAAUUCAGAAGCCCCUGCCUUGAAGAAGAUUAAGAUUGAGCAAGUGUAAAGCAUGCCUUUUUGAGUGUUAUUGCAUGGACACCUUUCUCCGGUGAUUGUGAGAAGCGAAUUAGCUACUAUCAUUAUAUGUUUGCACACCCAAAUUUGCAAUCUUACUAAACUAAGGCUGACGCUCUCAAUUCACUCCUACCUAUCAUUCAUCCGCCCGUCACCUAUUAAAUUCCUGUCCGUAGAAAAAAAAAUGCAUUCUUUUAAACAUA